AUGGCUGCCUUGGCCUCAAGGGCCCUCCCCCGCCUGAGCGCAUGUGCAAGACGCCAGCUCUCCGCAUCUGUCAAACGAUCCACCAUCGCCGCCAAACGAUCGCUGUCCUCAUCCUCCGCCGUCUCUGGCCAGACAUACUUCCCGCAGUCGAUCCCCAAGAUCCAACAACACCCUCAAUCAGCCAGCUUGCACCAACAGCAGCAAUUCCAGAAACAUACCCAUGCCUCGCUCAACCCCUUCAAGUCUGUCGCCAUCCGUCGCGAGGGCAAGAACCGCUGGGAGAGACGUGCGGCCUUGACACCCGAGGCGGUCGAAAAUCUGAUCAAGGAGACUGGUAUUAAGGUCUAUGUCCAGCCCAGCACAAAGCGCAUCUUUUCCGACGACAAGUACCGUGCUGCUGGCGCCAUUAUCCAAGAGGACCUCUCUGUAGCAGAUAUCAUCUUGGGUAUCAAGGAGGUUCCCGUCAAGGAUCUGAUCCCUGGAAAGACAUAUGUCUACUUUUCGCACACCCAUAAGGGUCAGAAGUAUAACAUGCCCAUGUUGCAGGAUGUUCUUGACAAGAAAAUCCGCUUGAUUGACUACGAGUUGAUGGCAAACGAACAGAAGCAGCGUCUGGUUCUCUUUGGCAAGCAUGCUGGAUAUGCCGGCAUGAUUGAUGGAGUCCAUGGUCUGGGUCAGAGGUUGCUCGGUCUCGGCUUUAGCAGCCCUUUCUUGCAUGUGGGCAUGGCACACAACUACAAGACCUUGGCCUCUGCCAAGAUCGCCUUGCAGUCAUUGGGAAACACCAUCCAGGACGAGGGCACCCCCAAAGAGUUCGGACCCAUGACUUUCACGUUCACAGGAAGCGGUAACGUCUCCAAGGGUGCCCAAUCCGUCUUCAAAUCCCUGCCCCAUGAGUUUGUCGACCCUAAGGAUCUCCCCAAGAUCGCUAAGAGCAAGAAUGCUCGCUUGGAUCGCAUCUACGCUGCAGAGGUCAAUGUCGAGGACCAUAUUCGCCACAAGACUCAGGGUGUGUUCACUUCGAUGGACGAAUACUUUGCUCACCCCGAGUUGUUCACUUCGACCUUCCACAAGGACAUUGCCCCUUACUCGUCCAUGGUCAUUAACGGAGCCUACUGGGAUAAGCGCUACCCUCGCUUGAUGACCACCGACCAGCUGAAGACCAUCCAGAGCGACCCCUCCAACCAGUUCAGAAUGCUCAGCAUUGCCGACAUCUCCUGUGACAUUGGCGGCUCUUUCGAAUUCAUGUCCCACGCUACCUCCAUUGAGGAUCCCUUCUUCUAUGUCGAUGCCGUCGGCGGAAAGGAGCACAAGCACGCGGAGGAGCCUGGUGUCCAGAUCAUGUCGGUCGAUAUCCUUCCCUCCGAACUCCCCAUGGAGAGCAGUCAGCACUUUAGCGACUCGCUUUACCCAUUCAUCAAGGAGUUGAUCCGUGAUAACCACGGCCACCCUGUCCUUGCUGGAGCCACCAUUGCUGAGAACGGAUCUCUCAAGCCCUCUCACGAGAACUUGACCAAGGUCUUGCAGGAGACUCACGCCAAGGAGAAUCUGGCCAAGCUCAAGUCCGCCCUUGGCGCCAAGGGUGACAGCACUACUUUUGGCACAAAGCGCAAGAACGUUCUCUUGUGUGGAUCUGGAUUUGUCGCAGGACCCUUGGUCGACUACCUCCUCAGAGACCCCAACGUCAACAUCACGAUUGCCAGUAACUCUCAGGCUGAGGCGACUUCGCUUGCUUUAGGCAAGGCCAACACCAAGGUCGUGCCCUUGGAUGUUAAGGACAAUGCCAAGAUGGCGUCUUUGGUCAAGGAUUCGGACAUUGUUGUCAGCUUUGUCCCCGCACCCUUCCACCCCAUCAUUGCUGAGCACUGCAUCCAGGAGAAGAAGAACAUGGUCACCGCUAGUUACAUCAGCCCAGCAAUGAAGGCCCUUGACGAGCGGGCACAACGCGCCGGUAUUACCAUCAUGAACGAGAUUGGAUUGGACCCUGGUAUCGACCACUUGUCUGCCAUGAAGAUGAUUGACGAGGUCAAGGCCGAGGGCGGCAAGGUCACGUCCUUUGUCUCUUGGUGCGGAGGUCUCCCUGCUCCCGAGGCGUCGAAUGUUCCUCUGAGCUACAAAUUCAGCUGGUCCCCUCGCGGUGUUCUGACUGCUGGCUUGAACGAUGCCAAGUUCAGGAUGCACAAUGGCUUCCAUGACAUUCAGGGCAAAGAUCUGAUGAAGAAGCACUUCCCCGAUGUCCCCAUCUACCCCGGCUUUGCUCUUGAGGGUGUUGCCAACCGUGAUUCUCUCAGUUAUGCUGACACCUAUGGCUUGGGCCCCGUCGAGAAGCUCGAUACCAUGUUCCGUGGAACCCUUCGUUACAAGGGAUAUGCCGAUCUCAUGUACUCGUUCAACAAGCUGGGACUCUUGAACGCCGAGAACAGCCAGCAGAACUUUAGCAGCUGGCCCGAGUUUAUGGAUAGCCUGUUGUUUGGCAACAACUCGAAGCAUGACAAUCAGUCGCGCACAGCUGCUAUUGCUGAUCGUUUGGAUCUCCCCAAGAACCACCCCAGCGUCGGCAAGGUCGUCGAUGCCCUCCAGUGGCUCACUUUAAUGCCCUCUGCCAAUGCCCACAACGGAGCACCUUUCACUGCCCAAAACUCGACUACGAGCCUCGACAGCUUCUGCAACUUGUUGAUGAACAAGCUCAAGUACAACCCCCACGAGCGCGAUAUGGUCAUUUUGCACCACGAGUUUGGCGUGCAGCUCAAGGACGGUACGGAUCAGACGAGGACAUCUACCUUGGUCUCGUACGGUACCUUUGAGACCUACACGGCGAUGGCCAAGACCGUCGGUUUGCCUGCGGCCAUGGCGGCGGAGAUGCUGUUGAAGGGUGAGAUCCCUGAGAAGGGAGUCUUGGCGCCUACGAUGCCCCAUGUCUACAACACUAUCCUUGAGAAGCUCGACCGUGAGGGUGUCUCUGUGUUGGAGCAGAUUGUUCAGAAGGGCAUGCGUCCCAUGUUGAAGUGGGGCGGCAGUGGUGUCUUCAAGUAG